GAUAAUGUAUGCAUAAGGUUAGGAUCAUUCACGUGGCAGGUCAGGCGAACUGCAUUGUUGGUUAAGUGUUUGUAAAUAUGCCUUUCAGUGUAAGGUCUACCUACACCUGUUGUAUUCGGCGCAUGUGACAAAUAACAUUUGAUUUGAAUUAGGUUAAGGUUAGGAAAAGGGUUCGGCUUAGUUAAAAUGCUAUUUUAACCUGCUACGAAUAGUCAUUUCCGGUCGUAGCUGUACCCCCUCUAGUCAGAACCUUGCUUCACAGUGCUACCAAAUAUGUAUAACUAUACCAAGAUAGACAACAGCCUGUCGUUUCCAAUGGGAACAAAUUAGUCACACUGAGCGGAACAAGCAAGAAGGUGGGCAGAGCUAGAGAGAUCCUAUUGGCGCGUUCCAGCAUUAUCUGCAUAUUUCCGUUAGGGAACGCCUACUAUAUUGAAGUGCGCGUGUGCAUUAACUUUAAUUCGACGAUGUUUUGUUUAUUAUUUUUCUUCGCAAAGGGUUGUCUACAAAACUUAGUCCACUCUGUUCAUAACAGAUUUCGGGAACAGAAAACUAUUGAAAUCAAAUGUUUUAUCAAUGAGAAAAUUUGCUGAAUGUUGGCCAAGGUCUUCUCCCACUGCCGGCCAGUGGGCUUCCUCUCACAAGAAUAUUGGAUGGAAACACCAAGCGGAUGCUUCACAUUUAUACAUCCGCUAUAGAUGUGGACUCGGCACAGAGAUAUGUAUAGUUUGGAGUCUUACUCGAAGAAGGGAAAACGAAACGGCCGACUGUGAUUCACAAAAAGCGCUCCUCUGCCGGGUCAGGUGUCUAAAGUCUUCCAGACAAGAUGGUGAAGAGGAGGCAGAAAGGUCCUAGAGAGGACGAAGUGAUAGACCUGACUGGUCCGUCGUGCAACCAUAUCCGUAAAGGUGUAGACUCCAGCUUCCUGAAGAAGACUGGGAUAGACUCCGCCUGUAACAGCUGCCAAGACUGUAAGGGUGAAGAGCCGGCUGCUGCUGUACAGGCUUCAUCAGAGGAGAUGAGCGAAACACCAACGAUAUGGAUGUGCUUAAAAUGCGGACACCGAGGGUGUGGGCGUACCUCUGAGGAUCAGCAUGCUAUCAAGCACUACGAGAAGCCUCGGUCAGACCCUCACUGUCUGGUGCUCAGCCUGGACACCUGGAGCGUUUGGUGUUACAUCUGUGAUGAUGAUGUCCAGUACUCUAAAACAGGCCAUCUGGCUCAGCUGGUGAACAACAUUAAGAAACAGGCCUUGUCUGAGCCCCGGAAACAAAGUCCACAGAGAAAGCAUUCAAUAGUGAAGCUGGAGGACAGCAUGAUAGAAGAGCCACAGGAAACCAAGCCAGAAGAGAAGCAAGAGAACCCAGUGACACAACCGAAAGAAAACCAGAAGAAGAACGCCAAGAAAGAAAAUGGUUUGAAAGAGAGCAGCAGUUUGACUAGAGGACAGAAGGCCGUGGGAGGAGCCAGCAGCGGUGCAGUGGGAGGAGUCAGCAGCUGUCCGUUGUCAGUUAGAGGACUCAGUAACCUUGGAAACACCUGUUUCUUCAACUCUGUUGUUCAGGCCCUCUCUCAGACACAGAUGUUGAGACAGGUCAUCAACAAGGUGACAGCUGAAGAAGAGAAGACCAGUGUCACCAUCACACCUGGAGUCUCCUCAGACCUGGAACCCAUCCUGGUGCAGCUAGGUCCUCCGGGGUCUCUGACUGUGGCGAUGUGUCAGAUCCUGAAUGAGAUCCAGGAGACUAAGAAGGGGGUGGUCACCCCGAGAGAACUUUUCAGUCAGGUCUGCAAAAAAGCGGCACGGUUUAAAGGGUUUCAGCAGCAGGAUAGCCAGGAGCUUCUACGCUACUUGCUGGAUGGGAUGAGAGCCGAGGAGAUGAAAAGACUGAACUCUGGAAUAUCGGAAGCACUGAAAAAACACGGAAGAGAUGCUGAACAAUCAAAGAAGUUAGUCAAGGAGUAUGAGAAGAAGGGAGCUCCUAAUAACUUCGUAGACCAGGUGUUUGGUGGGGAGAUGACCAGCACAGUCAUGUGUCAGCAAUGCAAGACGGUUUCUUUGGUCAAGGAGAUGUUUCUGGAUCUGUCCCUUCCUGUCUCAGACCAGGCCUACAGGAAGAAGAGCCAGAAGAAAGGAGCGGGGAACCAGAAGGCUAGCACUGAGGUGAAAUAUAAUAACGGAGACAGCCCCAGCCCUGUCUCCAUGACCAACGGAGACACCCACGACCUUCCUACUGGCAGCAAGUACCAGCAGAAGAAACAGAAGAAACAGGCCAAGAAACAGGCCAAGAACCAGAGAUGUCAGCAGAAGCUAGUCCCCCUGGACAGCUUCACACCUCCAGAGAACACCGCAGAGAGCCCAGUACCAGCAGAGGAGGGGGAGGAGACAGGAAAUAGUACCCAGGGAGAGGAGGAGGAGGAGCCUCUGGUUGAGAGCCAAUCAUCAGAGACCGAGAGGUCCGAGACCGCUCCCUCAGAGCAGGACCAAGAGAAACCUCAGGGGGCAGGGCGCACGGAAAAAGAGGAGGAGGAUUGUGAACCGGUGGCUGUGUCCAACAACCACUCCACUGUGAUGUCAGAAGACCAGAGUCACCAGUCCCCUGAGGAGGUUGGGAAAAGAGACGGACACGAGGCUGAACAUAGAGGAGAGGAGGAGAAUGAUGAUGGUGAUGCAGCCCAACCGUCUAGAGAUGAGCAAGACACCAAACUGACAGACAAGCUGGGUGAACUAUCUCUGAACGAAGCCUUCCUAGCCUCUGAGGACUCGGACCUGGAGCUGGGGUGCAGAGAUGGAGACACGUCUGCUGAGAUGGAAUCGGAGACAAAGCUGGAGGGGAAGGAGUACACAGUCUCUCACCAGGAUCCUAAACUGGCCUUUCACACGCUGGCCACCAGGGCGGCGCCAGAGAACCAGGAGUGCUCUGUGGAGUCCUGUCUCUACCAGUUCACAGAGGUAGAGAACCUCACUCAGAACAACUCUCUUCUCUGUGUCACCUGCACCAAGAGACAGACCAAAAACAAGGCUGCAGAAGGCUCCAAGAAGGUGUACACAGAUGCUCUGAAGCAAAUGCUGAUCUCGUCUCCUCCUCCGGUGCUUACUCUUCACUUGAAGAGAUUCCAGCAGAUUGGGUACAGUGUGUGUAAGGUGAACAGCCACGUCAACUUCCCUCACGUUCUAGACGUAGCACCAUUCUGCUCUGUCAUAUGCAAGGGUGUGUCGGAGGGAGCCUCUCGGGUGCUUUACAGUCUGUAUGGUAUAGUAGAACACAGUGGGACUAUGAGAAGUGGCCAUUAUACAGCCUACGUCAAAGCCAGACCUUUCUACCCCUCCACGACACACACCGGAGUGGCCACACAUGGUGAGCCAGAGCCGAUGAAAGGGGCGUGGUUCCACGUGAGUGACAGUAGUGUGCAGCCAGUCACGGAGAGCAAAGUGCAGAGCUCCCAAGCCUACCUCCUAUUCUACGAGAGGAUCUCCUAGACCUGCCUACGUCCCGACUUGUACCCUAUUUACCUACAUACUGUUGGCUGUGUUUACACGGGCAGCCCUGGUUCUGAUCUUUAGACAAUAAUUGGUCUUUUGACCGAUCAGAUCUUAUUCCAGUACUUGGGCAAAAGAUCAGAAUUGGGCUGGCUGUUUAAACGCAGCCGUAGUGCACUACUUUUGGCCAGAGCCUUAUUAUGCAGCCUUAUGAGGCUUUUCCCAGACAAAUUUAGUGCACUAUAAAUGCCCUAUUCCCUACAUCGUGCACUACUUAUGGCCUGAGACAUUGUACUGGUAUUGAUAUAAGCCAGAUGAAGUGCAGAGUGAAUACGAGUGGAGUAUUUUUUUUUUCUUCUUCUUUUUAUAAUCAAUAUAAAGGGUUGUGUCUUAAAUGGAGCCCUAUUCCCUAUGUAGUGCACUACCUUUGACCAGAACCCUAUUUGUCCUGUUCAAAAGCAGUGCACUAAAAUAGGGAAUAUAUAUAUUUUUUUUAAAUGAGGGUGACAUUUGAGACCUUGACAAAGAUAAUUAAUUAAGAUCAUGACUGGAGAUGUCCCAAAACAAACAAUAUUUAGCUUGGAAUUUUUUUUUCUUCGAUGAAUUAAUUGAAUCAGUAAUGAACAUAAAAAGAAUCCCAAGUAUUUUUUUUUACUGUGCAUAUGUGACUAUACAGUGUUUUCCUAAAAAAGAAAGAAAGUAGGGAAUUGCGUGCGUCCCAAAUUGCACCGUAUAUAAGGGCACUGCAUUUUGAUCGAAGGUCUAAAUUGGAAAUCGGGUGUCAUUCUAUUCCUCUUAGACAUGAAACCAUAGAGUUUGUUGAUUGAUCUGUCUGAUUGCUUGGUGUGUUACACAGUAGAAGCAAAAUAAACCUGCCAAUACCUUCUUCUUUUUUUAAUUAUUAUUAUUAUUAUUAUUGCUGCAAUAUGUGACAUUUUGGGCAGACCUGACCAAAUUCACAUAGAAGUGCAGUUAUAGAUCUGUCAUUCUUAUUAAAGCAAGUUUAAGAAUUGGCA